GAGCGUCGGGCGCGUUCACGUUUACACGUGAGGCGCUGUUUCCGAACGUUCAGCGUUUUCUGGAGGAAGCACAUUCAGAUCUUAUCUUCACAGGGAGAUCUGAGAGUGAACAAAAGGAAAAGAAAAGUAAAAAAAAAAAAAAAAAGCAUAAUGAGAUUCAGUUCCUGUCUGUACCUCCCCCUGAAAGACGUAGGUUUGAUCCUCAACAUGCUGUAAGUGCGAAGCAUAAAUCAGCAGAAACGGGAAGACGUUUGCAUCUCCGGUGGCUGCCUGCGUUCACUCGCUCCGUUCCUUCUGCAGCAUGAAGCGUGACUUCAAGAACAAACUCGUACUUUUCUCAUUCAUGCUCUACUUGACUCUUAACGUGGAAUCAACACAUGAAGUAAAUGGCUCAUCGGAAGAAAACAUCACUGUUAAAUUCACUUUUCAAGACUCUGUUAUACCCUCCAAACCUAGUCUGUACAAAAAUGGGGUAAAGAUAGCAACUUCGAUAGAAUCCAACGAUUGCAAAGAAAGGUUUGCCCUGAGUGAUGUGAAAAACCAAACUGUCACACUAAACAUCACAAAUCUCACACUGGAAGAUGAAGGGACAUAUUAUGUUGUAGUGCUUACAGAUGGCAUUAAGUAUUUUUUUGAGAGCAAUAAAAUCAGUAUUAAAGUCAAAUUAGUAAAUAAAUCAGCAGAAACUGCGAAAGAAACAGAAGCUGUGCAUGAAAACAUAGGGACUAAUUCACCUAAACUGGAGUCAUCAGAACAAAACUCAUUCUUCAUUUUCUUAAGUGCAUUGAUUACAAUAUUUAUAUUUAUAUGUCUCGUUGUGGGCAUAUUGUUCUGGCUUUUUAGGACCUAUCCAAGAAAACCAGACGCAGAAAACCCUCCAGUUCACACCAACACAACUCAACAGCAGGGGCAGUGUGGGACAUCCGGGGCUGUGUUUGUCAGCUGUGUGGAGUAUGGAGAGUUAGACUUUCAAAAUAGACCUGAAAGAGAUGACAGAGUAGAACCUGCCGAGACGACAUCAAAGGACCAGGACGGAGUGGAAUAUGCUGCCAUCAUUUUCCCUCAGCAAAAACAGCCACCGAGUGGGCGGAUGAGAAACAAACAGCAAGUACCUGCCAUUAAGUGAUAGUCAGCCUCAUUAAACCAUAUCAUGCAUUGUCCACUAAA